AUGAACGAAGCGGCGCGCGCUGUGUUGCGCGAGUUUAAGGGGCAUAUCACACUCGCAUUUGGCGAGAGCGACGAGUACAGUUUUCUUUUAGACCGCGACUCGAACUUGUACAAUCGACGACAAAGCAAGCUGGUCUCGCACAUUGUUUCGGUUUUUACAGGGGCGUACGUAUUUAUGUGGUCGCGAUACAUGCGUAUUCCACUGGAACGUCCACCAUCGUUUGACGGACGGCUAGUGAUGUACCCAACGGCUCGCGAGGUGCGCGACUAUUUUUCUUGGCGCCAGGCGGAUAGUACGUUUGCAGCAGCGCUAACACAGCCAGCGCACAUUAAUAACUUGUACAACACUGUGUUCUGGGCACUUGUGCUCCAGGGACAACAGACGGAGCACGAGGCACAUGAGACGCUCAAAGGGACAUUUUCGUCUGACAAGCAUGAAAUUUUGUAUACGCGCUUUGGCAUCAAUUAUGACAAACUGCCCGCGCUGUACCGCAAAGGCACGACGCUAGUCUGGGCACCGGUGCCGGGACAACAGCCACGCUCGAAACCCAAGACGGAACUGCGCUCACUCCACGUAGACAUUAUCAGCGACGCGUUCUGGAUGCACACAGACGACGCGCCGCCGGCGCUACCGACGUCUACUUCGGACUUGUUCUACGAAGCGCCGGACCGUCUCACCGGCCCAGGGCUUGGCGAACGCGUACUUGAGUAA